AUGGGAAUGGGAAGUGCACUAGAAACACUAUGUGGCCAAGAUGGAGCAGGGCAAAGAGACAUGCUUGGAGUGUACAUGCAGAGAUCAUGGGUGAUCCUCAACACAACAGCCAUAAUUCUGACGAUUCUAUACAUAUUAGCAGAGCCAUUUCUGAUACUUAUUGGACAGACAGAAGAUAUUUCAAAGGCAGCGGGUAAAAUGGCCAUGUACAUGAUCCUUCAACUCUAUGCAUACGCCAUGAACUUUCCCAUAUCCAAAUUCUUACAAUCGCAGAGAAAGAUCAUGGUGAUGGCUUGGAUUUCUGCCAUAGGGUUGGUUCUACACACAGUAUUUAGUUGGUUAUUUAUGCUUAAGUUCAAGUGGGGACUCGUGGGAGCAGCGGUGGUGCUGAACGCGUCGUGGUGGUUCAUAGUGCUGGCGCAGUUGCUGUAUAUUUUCAGGGGAACAUGUGGUCAAGCAUGGUCAGGUUUCACUUGGAAGGCCUUCCAUAACCUAUGGGGCUUCGUUAAGUUAUCUCUUGCAUCAGCAGUCAUGCUAUGCUUGGAAACAUGGUAUUUUAUGGCAUUGGUCCUUUUCGCCGGCUAUUUAAAGAACGCAGAAGUCGCUGUUGAUGCCUUGUCCAUUUGCGUGAAUAUACUAGGAUGGGCAUUAAUGGUAGCUGUUGGAUGGAAUGCAGCUAUAAGUGUAAGAGUAUCAAAUGAACUCGGGGCAUCUCAUCCAAGAACAGCAAAAUUUUCAGUUGUGGUGGUGGUAAUAUCUUCCUUCUUAGUCGGCCUUCUCCUAUCGAUGAUUCUCGUCAUCUUUCGUGGGCAAUAUCCUUCUUUAUUUGCUGAGGAUGAAACAAUCAAAGAGAUUGUUUAUGAGCUCACACCAUUGCUAGCGUUUUGCAUUGUGGUAAACAAUAUUCAACCUGCUCUAUCUGGAGUAGCUAUUGGAGCAGGAUGGCAAGCACUAGUUGCUUAUGUCAAUGUUGCUUGUUACUAUCUAUUUGGUAUCCCCUUGGGCUUACUACUAGGGUAUAAGCUCGACAUGGGCCUCCAAGGCAUUUGGUACGGAAUGGUAAGCGGAACGAUGAUACAAACAUUAAUCCUGUUCUGGAUAGUCUAUAAAACCAACUGGAAUAAAGAGGUUUCGAUUGCUAUAGAGCGAAUAAAAAUGUGGGGAGGGGAACUAGAUGGUAAAGAAAAUGAUGCAGAAAAGUGA